AUGAAGAAGGCAAUGGUGCACCGCGUAUGGUGGCUUCGAGAUGGAGAGCGGUUGCUCAGCAACGGGACUGCCGGCAUCAUCGUCAGCAAUCAGACGCUCGUUCUGCAGGGUGUUAGCCGGGCCAGUUCCGGACGAUACUGCUGCGAGGCGACCAACAAAGAGGGCACGUCGAAGAGUCCCCCCUUCCACCUCCGCGUCAAAUUCGAGCCGGUGUGCGGGGACGUCCUUCCGAGAAGGGUCGUGGGGGCGGCAAAAGACGAACCCCUCAAGGUUGAGUGCAAGGUUGACGCUGAACCGAUGGCCACGGCCUUCCGUUGGAGUUUCAAUAGCACUCCGGGGAUUUCCAAAGAGUUGUCGGAGUUUACAUCGGAUGCAGGGGGAAGCAGUGUGCUGACAUAUGUUCCGAGAGUGGCGGCCGACUAUGGCACUCUGCAGUGUUGGGGACGAAACGCCAUCGGAUUUCAAAUGAUACCAUGUACCUAUCACAUUGUACCUGCUGGGAAACCAGAUCCGCCACACGGAUGCGCUGUUGGGAACAUCAGCCAUCACUCAGUGUUGGUAUCCUGUAAAAAAGGUUUUGACGGAGGUCUCAGGCAGAAGUUUGUUUUACUUCUGAGUUCUGGAACGACUUUAAUAGCCAACGUUUCGACUUCAUCAUCUCCAGAUUUCAACAUAUCAANUAUACAUAUAUAUUGA